GCUCGCUCUUUCAAUCAGUUUGUUUUUUGUUUCAUGUGAGGGAGGUUCGCUGGCGGUCGGACAAAUAAAUGAUGUGCAGUGCCUUUUUUAGAAGAUAAAACUUUAUUUUUACUACGAAACAUGACUGUUUCGUAGUUCAUGAAGAAAAUAUAUUAGUGUUUAUGAUGUCACAAACUCUGUUAAGUGGUAAAAUGUAUGUGUGUGGUGGUGUUUGUGCUCCGUGCUUAUAUCUUGUGUAUUUCUUAAUUUUAUUAGCUCUGACAAAGGACAGCGUAGGAGCUCUGGAAUUAAGGAGUCCCGCGUCAGAUUUCAGUCGACACAGAAUAGUACAACCCACAGUGCACCAUGCGAGGAGCAAAAGAGAUAUAUCCACCACACGACACGCGGAAGGAAUGCACCACGACGAGGUGACGAUGAAAGUGCCGGUUGACGGAGAGGAGUAUGUGCUUGACUUGCGGCUCAACCAGGACCUGGUCACCGACAACCACAUAGUCAGCUACCAGAGGAACGGGGAGAGAGUGUUGCAUAAACCCACUAGAGAGGAACUGGACAUAUGCCAGUACUCGGGCACGGUGCGAGGCAAACCAGGCUCCUGGGUGGCGGUGUCCACCUGUCACGGGGUCCGCGGGGUCAUCCACGACGGGAAGGUCAUGCGGUAUAUUGAACCCGCACAGCAUGGUAACGAAAUCACCUCUCACCACUUCCUGUACUCCCACUCGGACCUGAACAAGGAGCACCGCUGCGGGUACGCCGGCAGCAUCACCAACAACACCGAUUAUGAUCCCCUGCUGUUGAAGAAACAUCUCACCGAGAAGGAGAUCCAGAAAAGCAGGGCUGCUAGGUACAAACGCGACACGUUCGACGAUACGCAAGUGCGAGGUCCGUACAACUCGAAUGCGUUGUCGCGCUACAUGGAGCUGGUGCUGGUGGCCGACCACGGCGAAUUCCUGGCCAACGGGGACAUGCGCACCGUGCAUCGCCAGAUGAAGGACGUGGCUAACAUCAUCAACUCGGUCUACUCUCCACUAAACAUCUUCAUAGCACUGGUCGGCGUGGUAGUUUGGAGCGAGCAGGACGAGAUACCGCUAGAAGAGAACGGAGAUAGAACGUUGACCAAUUUCCUGCAGUAUAGGAAGACCAGGCUGCUUGCUGAGAUCAAGAAUGACAACGCGCAGUUGCUUACCCGUCAAAAAUUCCAAGAUGGCGUCGUGGGCAAGGCCCUCAAAGGCCCAAUUUGCACGUACGAAUUCUCCGGCGGUGUUUCGACCAACCAUUCCACCGUUAUCGGUCUGGUCGCGACCACUAUCGCCCAUGAAAUGGGCCAUAAUCUGGGCAUGGAGCACGAUACAGAGGAACAAUGUAAAUGUCCCGAUGAGAAGUGUAUCAUGAGCCCUUCAAGUACUUCCGUGACGCCUGCGCAUUGGUCAUCGUGCAGUCUCAAGUCGCUCGCGUUAGCAUUCGAACGAGGCAUGGAUUACUGUCUACGCAAUAAACCUAAACGCCUUUUCGACUCACCGACCUGCGGUAACGGCUUCGUCGAACCCGGCGAGCAGUGCGACUGCGGCACUAUGGCCGACAAGACUGAACGGAACAUGUGUCAUAUGUGCUGUCACCCUGAGACGUGCAUGCUGCGACGGAACGCCACUUGCGCCUCCGGAGAGUGCUGCAAUCUAGAGACGUGCCGGCCCAAGUCAGCGGGCACAGUGUGUCGCUCCGCGGACAAGGAGUGCGACCUGCCGGAGUACUGCACCGGGUACUCGGAGUUCUGUCCCGGGGACGUGCACAAGAUGGACUCCACACCCUGCGGGAAGCAUGACGAGGCGUACUGCGUGGGCGGGUCAUGCCGCUCGCACACCGACCAGUGCCGGCUGCUGUGGGGUGUGACCGGGGAGAGUUCACACGAGAAGUGCUACACCAGGAACAAUAUCCGGGGGAAUAAGGAGGGUAACUGCGGCUACGACCGCGUGCGCCAGAUAUUCUACCCGUGCCAGCCUGCGCAUGCGCUGUGCGGCAUGCUGCACUGCCGGCACCUCAACGAGCGGCUCGAGUUCGGCAUGGAGGCCGUAGCCAACUUAUCCGCCGUCUUCAUCAACAACAACGGUACAAUAAUUCCGUGCCGCACUGCCAUCAUUGACCUGGGGUUGAGCGACGUGGAUCCUGGACUGGUGCCGGAUGGAGCCAAGUGUGGAGAGGAUAUGAUGUGCUACAAGCAGCGCUGCGUGUCGGUGGAGGCGGUGCGCGCGGAGCUGGCCGCGCGGGACUCGUCCGUGUGCCCGAGCCACUGCAGCGGACACGGGAUAUGCAACUCUGAAGGCCACUGCCACUGCGAGCCAGGCUUCGCCCCGCCGGACUGCGCGCUGCCUGGCGCCGGCGGCUCCUACGAUUCCGGGCCCGCCACCGACCCCAGCGUGCAAAGAAACUUCAUGGUGGCGAUGUACGUCAUCUUCCUGGGCAUCGUGCCGUCGAUCCUGCUCGUCCUGUUCCUGUUCUACUACUCGCGCCACUCCAUGGCACCAUUCUGGAAGAAGCCGAGGAAAUCGGUACAAUCACCAAAGAAAACGUCUCUACCUCGUCGGCUCUCGCGCAGCGCCACGAAAUUCGCCGCCAACUUCCAAAACAACUCCCAAAAUGGCGCCCCGCCUGUCAAUGUGCACACACUGUCCAAUCCUGACGACAUGUCUUCUAGCUUACUACGAAGUGACGAACGUAGUCCAGCAGGAAACAUAAACCCCACUGUCAACUUCUUUGGCAAUUUCAAAGGUUUCUCCCUCACUCCAGUCGAAAAGGUCCAACGACCCGAAAACGAUGGUGAAAUCGCCAUUAUAUCCAACGACAAGAAACCUCUGAAGCCCGCCGACCCUCCCAGCAAGAGCGCCAAGAUCACCCCCGUGCACAGAAGUGGCAGCAACAGCCAGAAUAUGAUCAACCAAGGAGUACUGAAACCCGUUUUAAGAUCAGCCCCGCCGCUGCCCGUAGUUCCCAACACUGCUAAGACAAGCCCAAAGUCUAGUCCUUCAGUGAAACGAAACAAUAGCACAGUCCAGGACAGAAUCAAAGCACUAAUGAAUACGGAAAAGACUGAAAAUAUGCCACCAGUAUUGGCCAAUCCUGCUCCAAGACCCGUCAUUUCCAGCCCUAUUCUAGAAGCCUCCACUUGCACUGCCAAAGAGCUGAUAUCUCCACUCCAAGGGUCUAAGACAUUAGGGCCAGUAAGAGCAGCCCCGACGGUACCCACUGAGCCAGAACUCCCAAAAAGACCGCUAAGCAUGCACUCAGCAGGAAACGUCCCACAAAAGCCUUUACCCGAAGAACCAAAAAAAGUUAAAGAAGGAAUUUCUCUAAACAGAAUCGCGUCCUUUCUCAAACAAGAUAAACCUAAAGAGAAAGAACGGAAUCCCGUUGAGAGAAGUCACUCGCUUCCAAAGAAUCCCAACCAUCAAGUCAAAGUGCCAAAGGCCGUCGAUAAAGUCGCUUUGAGGAAUUUGCAAAUAUCGAACCCGAUAUUGCAAAAACAAAUUGAGCUGUCAGUCAAUACAGUACCCGUUGUGUCCGAUUCUGAAGAUGGGGAUGAUUCUAAGGCGUUUGUGAAUAGAGCGCAGAGUAUGAGGGCGCCCGCGAGCCAGAAGCCUGCUAUACAGAGCUUCGGGUCUAUGAGGCAAGCGCCGGGCGUACCCAGACCUGUUUCCAUUGUUGGCAGACCGACAGCACCGCCCCCACCGCUACCUAACGACCCCCCAGUCUACCAAAACCCUAAACCACAAGACAUCAAGCCCACUGAUUACGUGGACUGCAUCGAAGAGAAACAAGCUCCUCUAGCACAUAUAGACGAAGAAUCCGGGGACAAUAUCUACGCCAUCAUAGAAGAAAGUCCCGAAAAACAUUCGAAGCCUCUACCCGGAGUACCGACUCCUAUAAAGACAAUUCCACAGGCUCCCCCGGAAGGAUACAACACUCCAAAGCCCAUCCCUUCCAACUCUGGAAGUACUGAGAGCAUGGGCUUGCUCGGAGAAAUAGUAUGCGAGAUCCAAAAUAGAAAUUUUGACUCCAUCUACUCUGCUUCCACGUUAGCUAGAAAGAAAAAAGCUAAAGCAGAUGCUGAAGCUAAUAGAGAUAGCACAUAUGCAAACACAGAUGAUUAUAGAGCUAACGAAAGCGUCUAUAGUAACUCCGGAGGCAAAUCUAAUGCUUCUACAACUAGCAGUGGAUACUUACAUCCUUCUGCUGUCAACGUUCCAACACAUAUGAAGACCGUGACUCAAGACGCGAAGGAGGAGAAAGCUCCUCCUUCGCCUACAGUUAAAGUGAACACCAAAAUACCAACUUUCAGCAGGCAAGCGACGCCCCCAGGACUGAAAACUAGUUCCUUUAGAAAUAUUCCGCAAUCACCAAAAAAUAAUCCUAAAAAUAACAAUUUAAAUACAAAAAUGUCUAACAGUCCCGACGUGGUUUCGAGCUGCGCUGUUGUCGAAACUAAAAACGUGAAACCUCCUGACGUUAUAAAUAAUAAUAAAGUGACAAACGAAGCGCCGAAAGUAGCGAACAAACCUAGUGUGACAGCGAAACCGAACGACAACAGACCGCCAUUACGACCGGCGCCGGCAGUGGACAAAAAGCCAACUAUCAAAGCAAACACGCCUUCAUUGAAACUAGCUAAUUCUUCAACGAAUCUCAACAAAGCAAACGAGAAAAAUCCGCCCUUAAACCGUGUCAAUUCUAAAGUAGACAGUAACGUUAAAGCAAUAGCCGAUAAUCUUAAUAAAAAUAAACCGAAAGUAGUUCCGAAACCAAAUACGAUCAGUAAACCUGAAUCGAACGUAAAAUCGACUGCAACGAAAUUGACGAGUAAACCGUCUAAUGUUGCCAGCCUGCAACAGAAAUUCGAAAACAGAAAGUCGGUAGGUAAAGAAAUUACUACAGCGAAAAAAUGAACUGCUAAUUUGUUCUUAAAUUGUGCUGAUAACGACCAAGGAGAAUAGAUUAUAUCUCUUCCGGCCUUAGAAAGAGAACGCGUACAAACAUAAUGUAAUUUUAUCUCUCCUAUCUAGCUCGGUCUAAUAAGUGUGAAAGAGAUAGAUGUUGGAACUUUUCUCGUUGGAUAGAUGAAUAGCGGCAUUACAACUAUAUAGAAAUUAUUUUCUAGUAAUAUUUAAUGAAAUGAUACAAUACGUCUAGUCGAAGUAAGUAUGUUGUGGCAGCUACACAUAUUUUUUUUAACUUGCGUUGAUAAAACAAGUAUUUUACCAAUCGUAAAACAUGAUUGUGUUCGGAAUUUCGUAGUUACUGUGUCUACUUGAAAUUAAGCUUAAUAUUUUAUUUGCAUCGCAAGUAAUUUAAUAUAGUUAUCGAUGAUUUUAAAUCAGAUUUAGUAUUCCAUAAAAAUAAAAUAUUUAAAAAGAAAAAUUGCCAGUUUGGAAAAUACAGAAAUAAUCGGUUGAGAAAACGAAAUUGCUCAAUGUUAUUUUAUUGCGAUACCAAUUCUGAAUGUAGAUUGAGAAAAUUUUGACUCUGAUGAGUUUGAAAAUACAACUAUCUAUAUAAUUUAUACUUUUUAAAAUAAAUAAGACUAUAGAUUGAAGAAGUGUUCAUAUUUUGAUAUGAAAUGGCAUUUUGAUGUGUAGUUGAUGAAAUAUACCAAUUGUAUAUAAUUAAAAAUAAUAUUUUUAAAUGAUUUGUGUGGAUUUUCCCCGUCGGCUUUAUGUUUCGAAAUAUGGGAAAGUACAUACGAUAGUUUACUUAAGAGACCUCUGUAAAUAGUUAUGCUAAGCUGAACAUUUGUUUGGGGACAGAAUUUAGUGAUAAUUACGUAUAUUAAGUAUAAUUAUAAAAUGUGCUAUGUUACCAAUCAACAGAUCCGGAUAUUUACACAUUAAAACGUACUUAGUGAACUUAGUACCCACACUUCACAGAGCUUUUUGUUAGACCAAUAAGAUAGGGGAGUCGUCUAUAACGGUCGAGCCAACUGUGUUAGUGAAAUUUACAAAUCUGAUUACUAAAUAAAGAUAGAUUUAAAAGUGAGAAAAAAUUAUGAACUAGUUUAUGAAUUUUAUAUAAGUGCGGCAUUUUGUUACGUUUUUCCUGCAAAUUCCAUAGUAGUUUCGUGUUUCGCGUCUAGUAAAAAGUAACUGAUUUGACUAGUUUUAAACUAGCCUUUUGCUGUACUUGCUAUAUCGUCUGGCUGAGCCAUUUGGCCACCACCUGUAGGUAACCGCUGCUGUUUUAUUCCAUGUUAACAAGAUUGCCUAAAUAUCUGUCCCCUUGUCUAAUAAAUAUAUUUCCGUAAUGCUAGUAAGUUUGUUUGAUCAAAUUGUGAAGUGUCUUAAUGUAGGUACAUAGGUACAAUAAAAGUUUAAUUUGUAUUUUUAUAAAGACUACUUAUAGAUAAUGUUUGAGCGUUGUAUAAUAUAUAAAUAUAAUUAGCCCGUAAUUGAGUGUUGAUACAAAUUUUAAUAAUUUAUAUGAACAAUAAAUGGAAAUAAUAUAAUAGUUGAACACCUAAAUUUGAACAUUUUUCAUAGGUCCUUGACUAAGGAAACGAAGCUGAAGUGAUAAUUUUGACGUAAUAUGUCUACUAUUGUAUUAUUUUCCAUUCUGAUUGAAUAUAAUAUUAAUUCAGUACACAUUUUUAUAUAUUCCUUGUAUAUUUGGUGCUACAGCAAUGCAUAUUGUCGUGUUUUCCCACAUAUAGCUUACAAAUAUUUUUAUAAAGAUCAAUGUAAGAGUUUUAGGGUAGGCUCAUCGUGUUACGCUUCCGAGUGCAUCAACAAUAAUGUACUCAGAUUCAUACGUCCAUAGUCAUCGCCACUGCCAUAGGUUGGUACAAACUUGGUGCUCAUAUGUGUCACAAGAGAUAAUAAUACGUACUGUCUGACAAAAGGAUAUAUAAUUGAUUAUUACCAUUGAAAUUGUAUUUAUUAUCUGUUGAAUUUUUUUCAGCUAUUAUGAUUGUCCAAUAUUUUUUGUAGUCGUAGCAUGGCGCCCGCAUAUAAAGUAAACAAAAUUCUCACUUAAUUUCUACUCUUUUUGUCAAACUGUACUGUGGGUUUAUUGAAAGAUAUUCAUAGUGAAGGUGUUAGUCAUUGUAUUUACUCUGAGGCUACGUUUCCAUUGACUCGAAGAUGUGCAGGAAUCGACCAAUCACCGUGAGGAAGAGAGUGACAGAGCGUCUUCCUUUUUCGAUUUCUCCAACGCUAUGAUUGGUCAAAUCCGCACAUCUCCGCUCUUCUCCGCCCAUCUCAGCGUCAGUGGAAACCCGGCCUGUGGGCUUAGCAUCGUAAGCGCGCGACUCUUUCUCGCCUCGACAUACGUCACCCGUCUCUCUCUCACACAGUACUGCACAGAAAGAGACAGAUGAUCUCUGCCGCGGCGAGAAAGAGUCGCGUGCUUACGGUGCUAAGCCCGCUGAGGUUAUAAAUAAAAUAAGAAUAAAUGUGAUAAAAUCAUAGAAAAGUCUCAUGAAUUGUCGCCGAGUAGUAGGUGCUCUUUGUUUUUUUUUUAUGUCUGAAGGGAAUGAUAAAAAAUUCAAAAAAGACUGAUUUGAGUGGAUUUCGAAUUUAAUUGAGAAAAAACCAUAAAAGCAUUUUUUAUUAAUUAAUUAUUCAGUAAGUACGUUUAGCCCUCAGAAAUAAAAAAUAUAAAAUCUAUUUUUCGUGUCUAUUGUCAUAUAAAAUACCACCCGUGCCGUACAUUCAUAAAUCAUAAUUUAAUGGAAGUCAUAAAAUAAAUUAGUUGUGACAUAAACGUAAUUAAAAAAAAUAUAUGAGUGAGUUUGUGAAGUACAUAAAUAUUUGUAAAUACAACCAAAGAAGUUUAUGUAGGACAAGUUUCACAGUUCUUGAAUUCUUCUUUUCAAUUAUUUUUAAUGUAUAUUAUUACUUACUAACGAUGAUUGAAAUUGAAAAUGAUUUAACACGAUACAAAAAUAGAAAUCUAAAAAUACAAUUAAAUUGGCUUUAUAGGCACAGUAGUAUGAGUGAAGCGUUUUUUGUGAAUUCUCUUUUAAUCUAUAGAGAAAGACUGUGGAACAUUUACAAAAUUAAUGAUAUAUACCUACCUAUUAUAAUUUUCGCACAUAAGCUAGUAAUUAUAAAAAGCUUUAGGCAAGUUAGGUGAAUUUUGACUUGUUAAAUUAAUUAAACGAAAGAUCUGCUGGUCACUGAAAUAAAACUUGACUCAAUAUUUA